UCGGCGGCGGCGAAGUCGGUGGUGGGGUACGUGUGUGUCGAGUCGUCUGGCUGGCUGGCCCGGGAGUCGUCGUCGUCGCGUUAGUCGCCCGCAAAGCCUAUACGUUGUACACACGCACAGCUGAACGCGCGAUCGUCGGGAGAAAAUAAUAUUAUAAUAUACAGUGAUAAUAAAAAUAAUAGCAAUAUAGUUUUGUCAUACCACACACACAUAAUAAUAUUAUUAUUAUCGUAGCAUACGGAUGUUUCUCGCGUCGAUUAUUGUGUCCUCGUCGUUCUGUCCGUUCGGUUCCGCGUACACGACUCUGUAAUAUUUUAUAUUAAUGUAUAAUUCCGCUCGGUAUUAUCUAUAAGUAUAGGUACCUACUCACUACGGUUUUCGACGUUUGAUUAAAUUCCGCCGUCGUUCGCCAUCGAUAUCUUUAAUUUUUUUUUUAUUUUGCAAUCGCAUCGUACAAUCGCACCUACCUGCCUGCCUUAUAUUUUAAUCAUCCGUCUGUACUAUACAACUAUACAUACCUACGCGUCCAGUCGUGUCAUGCCGUCGUUGAGUCGUUGAGUCGAGUGGAUGCACAGCAGUGAUGUUGAUCGGCAGCGGUACUGCAGGCAACUUCGGGAGUUUCAACGUGGACCAUCCGGGCGGGCCCAGCAUCAUCAGCGGGAUACAGGGAUCGCCACACCACGCGAGCACUGCCAGCCAGCCCCAACAGCAUUCGCCCGGUUCGUCGUCGGGCGGCGGUGGCGGCGGCAGCGGUGGUGCCGGAGGAGGUAGCGCAAUGACGCCGCUGUUGCCAUCGUUCGGGUUCACCCAGGAACAGGUGGCUUGCGUGUGCGAGGUGCUCCAGCAGUCCGGCAACAUCGAGCGGCUUGGCAGGUUCCUGUGGUCGCUGCCCAGUUGCGACAAGCUGCACAAGCACGAGAGCGUGCUCAAGGCAAAGGCCAUCGUGGCGUUCCACCGCGGUAACUUCAAGGAGCUGUACCGAUUGCUGGAGAGCAACCAGUUCUCCGCGCACAACCACCCCAAGCUGCAGGCGCUUUGGCUCAAGGCGCACUACGUGGAGGCAGAGAAGCUCAGGGGUCGCCCGCUGGGUGCCGUCGGCAAGUACCGGGUACGCCGCAAGUUCCCACUACCCCGGACCAUAUGGGACGGCGAGGAGACCAGCUACUGUUUCAAGGAAAAGUCCCGGAUGGUGUUGCGCGAAUGGUACGCCAGCAACCCGUAUCCGAGCCCCAGGGAGAAAAGGGAAUUGGCCGAGGCCACAGGAUUGACCACGACCCAGGUAUCCAACUGGUUCAAAAACCGAAGGCAAAGGGAUCGGGCGGCUGAACAGAAAGAUGGUAUGUCCGGUAGCCGGAGUCCCACGGGAAUGGGUGACGGAUGCGAGAAGAUGGUCGGCGGCCCACCGUCCAACUUGGACUCAAGUUCGUCCGAAUCCAUCGACGGGGACAACAUGAAGUCCCACAUACACAUGCUGCACAAACCCAGCGCGAUAUCGUUCGGACAUUCGAUGAUCACAGGCCAGGACCACUUGUCCAGUCACGAGAUGAUGUUCGGAGGCGGAGGCGACCUCAAGUCAUCGAUGUCCGGCGUCGGCGCCGGCGGCAUGUCCAUGAUGGCCAACUCGGCGGCCGCGGCCGCGGCGUACCACCACCAGACGCAGCUGAUCGGCGGCGGUAUAGGAGGCGGUGGCGGUGGCGGUAGCAUCGUCGGCGGGUUCGGGUCUCCCAUCGGGAGUCGCCCGUUGAUCGCCACCGGCGUCGGCGGCGGCGUCGGCAACGGCGACCACCACAGUCACUUGCAGCAGAUCGCCGCCGGCCACCCCGCCGAUCCGUCGCUACUGCACGACUAUCAUUCCUUAUGACAGUGGGUGUCUGGCUACAACGGUGGCCAGCAAUGAAGUCGCAACGGAUACGCACUCGCACCCACACGCCGAUCGCACCCGCACAGCACCCACACACGAGCAUCGCUCUACAUUACAUAAUAUUAUAAUAUAAUUAUUGUAAAAAUAAUUACAAUUUUAACGCACACCACUCGUCGGCGGCGGGGGCCAUACUGCCCAUAGUUUCGGACGAAACAGAUUCACAUGGCAAAUCUUGCACUUACCCGCGAGGUAUAUGCACGUGAUUAUAAUUUUAGUUUGUAAUAAUAUCACAAUGUACGACAUUUUAUUAUUAUUUUUAUUAUUAUUGUACAUCGUUGUGCGACGGGCGCGACGAAAACGCUGCAAUUACCCGCGCGACCGCGUGUCGUCGGCAUCAAAAUAUGUCUUCGGCACAAAAUACGUACUUAAAUGCAUACACAUACAUAUAGGCAGUACAGUGUUGUACAUGAUAUUAUAUAAAUCUAAUAUGUAUAAUAAAUGUAUUAUUAAUUGUCUAGCGUGAGUAUAAUAUAUGAUAAUAUAUAUUAUUUUAUAAUAAUACGACUAUUGUGUACUACGCUGCGGUACAAUAAUAAUAUACAUAGUGUGUGAUAUGUUACAAUAAUAUAUAUAUAAUAUAUUGUGGUGUGGGUGGGUGGGUGCCCGGGACGCAUAUUUCGGCACUCGACUGCAGUGCGCAUAACUAUAAUAUAACGCAUGAAUAUUAUUAUGAAUCAAUUAUAAUAAAACUAUGAAAUCAAUAACAAUACAAUACUUAUAAUAUAAGGUUUUAUGCGGUCCAUCUCCUAAAAAACGCGUAUGGACUUUUGGUCCUAUACACACAUAGGUACCACUGGCCGGCCCUGACUGAUAUCGUUUCGCACGAAUCGCAUCGCUAGCCGAAAAUAAUAACAAUAAUAUGUAUUAAUAUUAUUGUUACAUCUGCAGCGGCAGCACGUGCGGACGAUGGACGUCGAAACAACCACCUGUAAUGGGUACCUUGAUAACAAAAAAAUAAGAUUCACCCAGGAACAACCGCUAAAAAUCUUAAUGUACGUCACGCGAGAUAAACAUAUUUGCGUAUUUAAAAUCCAACAUUAUUGUGAUUAGGCCCAGCCUCAUGUCCCAGUUUUAUCCGCUUCCGAAAGUCCUCUGCUGCUUCGAAGAUCGAUAGAUCGUACAAUAUAUUAUAGGUAUGCCUACAGCGCCGUGCAAAUGUAUUAUGUUAUACUAUUGUUAUAUAUAAAAUUUAAUUAAUAUGCGACCCGUUUACGUUUUGUUUUGUAAAUACCAUAAUAAUUAUUAUAUUACAUUUUGUUCUUCGCAUUAAAUACCCUUACUCCUAUUAAAUAGAUAAUGCAGGGCGUAACAGAAAUACCUGACAUAUGUCAGUAUAGGCAUUGACUAACAAUGUAAACAUUUUUAUUCUAAUCAUUUUUUUUAAAUUUAAUUAUUAUGAUUAAUGUUAAUUAAUUAUAUAUCAAAAAAAAUAUUCAUAUUAAUUACAAAAACAAAAGUUAUUUCGUAGUUUGUUAAAAUUAAAUUUGUCAGUUAUUUCUGUUACCCCUUGUAUAAUAAUAAUAUAAUAUAAUAUAUUUUAUAGUCACUAUUCGUUGUUAAUAUAGAAAUAGUUGUACGGUUAUAGUCCACUUAUUAGCUUAUUUGGUUUACAUUAUUACAAUUAUUUUACGUGUAUUAGGUAGGUAGGUACUUACGCAUAAACAGUAUUUUAGCAGAAAAAUUUUGAAAUAAUUAUCCAAAAUAUAUUAUAUUAUAUAUAUUCUAAUUCGUAUAUCGUUUUUUUUAAAAAUUAUGUAAACCUAUAUAUUAAAGCUUUAUAGUUAAUUAUUGUGUUCGGAUGUUCGGAUGGAUUUUUUAAAAACUAUUUUAUAAUUCAAAAGUAUUUCACAUCUUAGUACCAGCCAAUCAUAUUAUUAUGUUCCUCGGAUGUAAAUCUAAUUUAUUAUUUUCAUAUAUUUUUAUUUUACUUCUUUACAAGGACAGAUUUCAUUAAAUUCUUUAUUCUGAACGCAAAUUUACGACGUGACAAACCGUAUUAUUUAGAAUAUUUUUUUAAAAUUAUUAAAAUUAAAUUUUAAAAACAAUGAUAACUAAAACGAGAUUAUAGUCAUUCAAACGGUUAUAUAUUAUGGUUUGAAGGGACGACGAUAGAAUUAAUGAGAUGCCUCGUAAACAUCAUUUGUACAUAAUAUUGUUUAUAGUAAUUAUUAUUUGUUUACCAAACCAUUUUUUUCCCGAGUUUUCCAUACUAAUUUUAAACCUGUCGAGAGAUCAAGAACAGAAAGCUGUCCCAAACGAUAUAUUUUGUCCGUCGCGUUCAAAAACUAAAAGCGCUCUGCGGUCGGCUAUAAUCCGCCACUACGGCAGUCGUCCAUCGGCCGGAUUUGUCGGAAACCGAAAUGACAAUGUUUAAUAUCUACCAAAGCGAAUCGGGUGUAUUAAAAUAAUACUGCAAAUGAAAAAAAAAAAAAACGUCUUUUCGACUUUACGGACGGUGUCAUCGUCGCGUCGUGACCGUCGUUCCGUCUAGACUAGAUCGAGCUCGCUGCAAACUGGUUUAUCCGUUGGUAGGUACUGUAAUAUUUCGUCAAUGAGAUUUAAAACUAUUCGAAAAUGGCAUAAAAAAAAAAAAAAAAACCAGCGAAAGAUUUUAAUAAUACACAUUAAAUAAAUCGCAUGGGUAUUUUCGCCGUCGUUUAGUAUUGUUCCAGCGCAGCUGUCAUAAUUUGUGUUUCUACGUUUCAUUUUUUUUCUCCUGUCCGUUCCGCGCAAAAUCCUUGGUGACAAUUAGCGCGCAGGAUAUUCGGUGUCAUACAUUACGGCAAACAUGUUUACAGAAACACAAUCUCCCAAGGACAUCGCAAGUUUUCUAUAACAGUGUGCAUAAAUAUAUGUGUGUGAGUGUGUGUGUGUGUGUAUUACAUUAUGCGUAUAACAUGUAAGCACUCCGCGUUCAAAUUAAAUAAUUUUUAAUCACUUAACGACUUGUCACUCUUCGCGGCGGGUACCUAUACACACCUCCGCGUUCAUAUCUUAUUUUUUAUAAGAUCGAAAACGAAUAAUAUUAUUUUUUAUCAAAAACACAAUAUUAGGCACCUGUUUUCGUCCGACUUUGCAAUACCAUCGGUUUACUUGAGUACCGCCUGCUCGGCGGUCCUAGUCCUAUAAAAAAAGCCAACGAUUCAUCAAAUUCCGCUUAUUAAAUUAAAUUAAACCCCGCUACUAUAU